CUUGUGGCGUAUUGCACAAGAGAGAGUCACAGAUCCCCUUGCAUAUUUACAUGGUUCUUAGAGCAACUGGUCUCACAUCCACACUGUCCUCUGGUCAAACAUGAAGUCCUCUUUGGUGUUCACAUUGAUGUUCACUGGUCUUGUCUCCAUCUUCCCUCAGUCUUCGUCCAGUGACUGUGUGUGUGACCUGAAGAACUCUGAGCACCCCUUCCCUCAUGACAAGCUGCAGACUGUAGAGAACAGUGCCUCAAAGUGCACUAAAAACAUCACUCCACAGCAGACUAUGGAGGUGGAGGGUCUGUUGCUGGGUCUCAAGAGGCGUCUACCCCAGCUGGAGGCUGAUGUGUCAGUGCUGGAGCAGGAGGACGAUGGGGAUCUGUAUGGGACGGUGUCUCUUCAGGUCAUAGAGAAUGAACUGUCGGAGAUCCAGAACCUCAUCGACAAACUCAACAUUAGCACUCACAGCCACCAACGCCUCAACACAGACACUGCUGAACAGCUGCAGGAGCUCAAAGAAGAGAUGGGGAAGCUGGAGAAAUUUGACAACAUGCAGGUGGUCAGGGGAAAGGAGGUUAACAAACGUCUGAGGAGGGACUUGGACCAGUGCCAGAACGGCCACCAUCCUACUGCCCCACCCCCUGAACCUGCACCUGGAAACUGUCCCCUGGGACACCUCCGGAGCGUGACUGGUCCCAACACAUAUUCAAUCACUGAAUAUGGUGCCUCAUAUGCUUAUGGCUCCUGGGGUCGCGACCCCAAACCUGCUGCAGGGAAGGAGAGCUGGUUUUGGAUAGUACCUUUGACUUCAAGCAAUGUCUUCUCUAACUUUGUGAGACUUUAUAGCAGCCUGAGCUCUCUGGUUGUGGGGGUCAGUGUUCCAGGCACUGUGGCGAUUCACCCCUCCAACCCCACCACCAACACCAUCCAGGGGCCUAACGUUGUAAUGUAUGGGGACGCCCUCUACUACAACUGCUACAACAAGGAUGCUGUCUGCCGCUUCAACAUCACAGCAAAAACAGUCACCACUGUGGGCCUGCCCAAAGGUACUGGGUUCAACAGCAAGUUCAACUUCUGCCAUCUGGAUGCUUGUUAUGGUUACACUGACAUGGACCUGGCUACUGAUGAGUCUGGUGUCUGGGUGAUCUACAGCACCCCUGAUAACUUUGGUAACCUGGUCCUUGCUGAGGUGAUCCCUGAAAGUCCUCCCACCCUGGGCCGGACCUGGACCACUUCAGCUCACAAGCGUGCUGUGACCAACACCUUUAUGGCGUGCGGUGUGCUCUACGCCACACGGUACCUGAGUAAGGAAGCAGAGGAGAUCUUCUACUCCUUUGAUACUGUGAGCGGCCGGGAGCGUUAUGACAUCGGUAUGGAGAUCAAGAAGAUGUCCACCAACAUCCAGUCCCUCAACUACAGCCCCGUUGACCACAUGCUGUAUGCCUACAGUGAUUCGAUGGUUGUUUCCUACAAGGUUAAUUUUGGGUAAACUUUAUACAACUUGACAGUGUGAAUUUUGUUGUGUGCAGAUCUUUACCACCUCCAGCAUCAGUGGAAGCAAGAGUAAAACACGUUGUCAAUCAUUUUUUAAAUAAAACCAGUGUUGCAAAGAAAUGCAUUGAUUAAACAUGUGACUAUACUGACA